AUGCUGCUGGUUUUUUAUCAAUCGUGGUUACAAUUUGAGGAAAACGCGAUCAGCUUCGUUACUGAAACAACUUACCUUCAUUGGAAUACGACUUUCCCUUCAAUUUCUGUUUGUCCAAUAGCAGGCACCGAACCAGAAUGGGAUGAUAAAGAAGAAUUUACAGACGAAGAAAUAGAUGUACAGAAGCAAUUUAUUAACGAUUUGGUGUUUUUCACCGGCAGUUGUUAUUCUUGUUACGACGAUUGCGAGUCUUGCAAAAUUAUGAAUUUUACGGAAAAAGUAUUAAGAUACAGAAAAGAAUGUAAUAAGAUAAUAACAUCUUGCAAAUGGAGCCAAAUCGAAUUCGAUUGCUGCGAAUAUUUUCUGCCAUUAGAAACAGAAUAUGGCACAUGCUAUACACUUAACUCAAUGCACACCAAGAGAAGAAACAUACCUUUUUUAGAUCUGACGAUGAACAGGAAGAAGGGUACUGGUCAAAUUUGGUUUAAAAGCAAAGAGGACAUACGAGUGUAUUUUCAUGCGCCCGAAGAUGUUCCUUUUAUAAAUUCCGAUCCCGAUCAAAGAAGGGAUGUAAUGUUAGGAGAAACGUUCAAUAUAACAAUCAGCAUAAUUGAAAUAAAUAACGAUGCAAACGUCCAAAAUGUACCUAUUUACAAAAGAGGAUGCAAAUUUCCAUGGGAGAACGAUGGUUUGCUAGUACACCAGUAUUACAGUUAUUCCACUUGCAUAGUACAAUGCCAUGUUGAUAAUCAUUUAAAACUUUGCAAUUGCACGCACCAUUUAAUGCCUUAUUACAAUAAACGGGGUUACUGCGACAGAGAAGGACUAAAAUGUUUGACAGAUAAUUUUGAAGUAGUCAACAGAUUACAUGCAAAGGAAUCAGGUAUGAAUAAACCCGGGCUGGUCUGUGAUUGCUUACCAUCGUGCACCGAGCCGGAAUACAAAGUUGUUUAUUUUACAAAAAGUUCUUCGAGGAAAUCUUCGGAAAACGAGGUCGUAAUCGACAUUGCAGGAUUGCCCACCACCAGGUUCAAAAGAAUAGUGUUGAGAACGCUUUUGGAUCUUGUAGGAUUUCCUUGGGUUGAUUCGUAA